AUGCAUCCCUCGCUCGAGCACAUUGAUGCUUGUCUCCCUAUCACUGCGUUGAAGGCAUUUGACCUGGGAGAUGAUGCCUUUGUUGUUGAGGGCCAAGGACCCCAUGCGCGACUUUUUGACGAGCGCAGUGGGAAGCUACUGGACAGUCUAAGAGUGUUCAAAAGAAGCAACAUCCAUGGAUUUAUCGUUCUCAGCCAAGAGCAGCGGGGCAUCAAAGAUGCACACGCUCGGCUUCUUAUCUGGGGAGGGGAAUCCCUAAGAGUGGUUGGCCUUUCGAUUACCCAUGACACCAUCUCUCUCCGGGCUACAUGUGCGGAGUAUGUGGCUCCAGACUGGAUCAUGGCCGGCUGUGUGCCGGAAGUGAACAACACCGAAGUAAGAGCUUACAUGGUAACGGCCCACAAUGCUGUUCUUCGUCUACGCUUGAUGGAGGAAAAGCCCACAGAAUAUGAGACUAGCAUCCACCUGGACUACCUCGUGGCUGGAGUCAAGACUCUCCUCUAUUCCGCUGACAUCAUCUCGUUCUCAUCGUCUCACAUAUUGAUCGCUGCUGGAACAGUCUUUGGUGAGAUCAUUGUUUGGUCUUGCUUUUUGGACGAGGACCAGAGCCUAGCCACUGACGCUGUCGCCUCAAUCCACCACUUUUUCACCGGACACGAGGGGUCCAUUUUCGGAAUCAGGAUCUCUCAUGAAAUCACUUCCUUGCCUGGUCGCUCCACGGGAAGAUUCCUGGCUAGCUGUAGUGACGAUAGAACCAUCAAGAUCUGGGAUAUAUCUGAUUGCGAAAAAUCGUCCCGCCACGAUCCUUCGGCCUAUUCCACCGAUGGUUUCGACCUUCGAAGCACCGGUUUCGGCGACAGUGCACUUGGCACCGAAUCUUGCAUCGCCAGCGCCUUUGGCCACCAGGCGCGGAUCUGGAACGUGUCUUUCCUCCCUACUCAAGCAGGAGAAGAGUGUAAAUUGAAUCUUGUCUCGCGUGGCGAAGAUGCAACCUGUUUUGUGUGGGAUGUCAGCUGGGACCCCUCUUCUGAAAAAUCGGAGUUCAAGCUAAGUGAAAUCUCCUCUGUGCGCCAACACUGCCAGAAACACAUUUGGGCCUCGGAGAUCCGUAGGAUCGGCACGCAAACAAUGGUCUAUACCGGUGGUGCAGACGGUGCGUUGAAGGUCUUCAAAAUGGAAGUUGGUGAGAAAGGGGCCCUUGUGCUUCCAAACCGGAAUCGGCGCAUUAACUACGUUGUCGACUCUCAUGAUGCUGAGCCGAAGUUGGAAAAAACCACGAAAAAGUUUGGCUUCGUCUCCUCGGAUUGCUUUGUCGCAGCCACGUCCCAAGGAGAGAUUCAAGUCUGUCGGGUCGAAUCUCCAGCGUCAGUCGAAAGCUACAUCUCCAGAGAGACUAUCUCGGUGGAAGAAGACCUCCGUUCAUACUGUGCGAUUGCCGGUCUACCGCAGUAUGGGGUGGCCCUUCUAGGGAGUGCUAAAGGAACCAUACGGCUGUACGACCAUAGCACCAAGUCACUGUCCGUAGUGGCAGAGACGAACCUAAUGCCGCAGGGGUUCUUUGCCCUCGAUUAUGAUCGCAGCACGAUUGACAAGUCAGGGACACUCUUCUUUCUUACGUCACACGCCAGAUUCGACAAGGCCGAAUUCUUCAUGGUCACGAUUUCGAAGAAUGAGCAACCGCAGAUGAAGAACAUCACAGUCUCCCUCCCUAAACGCUUCGUCGUGGGCAAUGGAUCCCUGAUUUGCGGCAAUCGGUACCUGGCACUAGGAUCCCAAGGGGGUUCACUUGCCAUAUAUCAGCUAGAAUCGACGGAGUCGCUACUGCAGCCUAUCCUAACCGAGUACAUCCACCCGGAAGGUAUCAACAAGAUUGAGUCAUUCUAUUCACUCUUCGGCGAGGCGGGUAGGUCGCAGAAUUAUUUGCUUACCUGUGGCCGAGAUGGAUUCUACGGCAUCCAUACGCUAGAUGAGAAGGCGCAGGAAUUGCAGGGAGUGUCGGUCUCUCUCCGAACAGUCCAUCGUUCAACUCCACUUCCCAGGUAUAACAUCACAGGUGCCUACAUUGACAAGGUAUCUGGCGAUCUCAUGCUGCACGGGUUUUCGGGUACAGAUUUCAUCUUAUGGAAUGAGUCGACUCACUCCGAGUCCGCUAGGAUGACCUGUGGCGGUAGCCAUCGAAUCUGGGCCUUCCAACCCAGCUAUACGAACCCCAAUUCGGGUCUGCUCGUUUGGCUACAAAAUCACCUCACUGCGUUCCAGAUCCAAGGCGAUGCCAACUGGGCUUUGCGGGCAGGCAGCCAUGGACGGGAAAUCAAAACGAUGUGUGUGUCGCCCGCCAAUGAUGAGAGAGGAAUCUUGUAUGCCACUGGAGCUGAGGAUACCGCCUUGCGGAUAUUUGCGCCGAUUGACUCGAAGAAGGAGAGUCGAUGGGGCGCGUUCAAGUGUCUGCGGGUUCUCACGCAGCAUCAGACGGGGUUUCAGCACGUCGCCUGGUCAAGAGAUGGGAAGUUCCUAUUUACGGGGGCCGCGAAUGAAGAGUUCUUCGUGUGGAGGAUCCGCUCGAUUCCUCUGUUUGGCUUGGUGACCAACCUCGUCGCCUCGAGUCCCAAAAGCCAUCCGAACUCCGAUCUUCGCGUGACUAGCUUCGACAUGAUCGAAAUCGAAGGCGCAGAGGCCGAGGGUGACUUUUUACUUUGCAUGUCGUACUCGAACUCCACCCUCAGGAUCUUCCGCUACACGUCUUCGGCCGGUGAAAACAACUUUACGUUAUUGGCAAAGGGCACAUAUACCAGCAACUGCCUCACGGAGGCACAAUUCAUCCUCCGCGACUCGUCACUGGUGAUGCUGACGGCGUCCACGGACGGAUACCUCACCCUCUGGAACCUGACCUCCGUGAUCGACCCUUUCUUCGCCAUCUCGUCCGACUCCUCGACCUUGCGUCUAAAACAACCCAUCGACGCGGCAACGAUCGCGCCCGAGGAGAUCACCUGCGAGAACCGAUACCAGGUCCAUUCCAACAGCAUCAAAGCCGUUGAGAUCGAGCACAUCUCCGACGUCGCAUCGUUGGUCAUCGCCGGCAGCGAUGACAACGCGUUGACUCUGUCGCUCUUGAACACGAAUUUUACCCAUGCCGAAGCCAGCGACCAUGCGUACACGGUGUCUAUCCCCGAUGCGCAUACAGCGUGCGUAACCACGGUUAAAGUUCUGGAACGGCAGCUGUCGUCCGAUGGGAAGACGACUCACAUUACUGUCGCCUCCUCCGGGAACGACCACCGGGUCAAGAUCUGGACGAUCCAGGUCGAUGCGACGAAGGCGGGAUUCGAGGCGAUUCAGGUCCAGAACGUGAUCGACAGGUACAGCUCCGUGGCGGAUAUCUCGACGGUGGAUCUGAUCCGGGAGGAGACGGGCGACGCGAAACUACUUUUUCAGGCUCUGUGUGUGAUGGGUGCUGCGUCUUUGGCUGCUGCGCGGCCAUUUUCGCGGGCGCAGGACACCACGCAUUGGUUCAGCUUUGGCAAUUCAUAUACCCAAACUGGAUUCAACGCUUGGGGCGAACAGCCCACGCUCUCCAACCCUAUGGGAAACCCUCAAAUAGGGACCGGCACGACAACUGGUGGAACCAACUAUGUGGGAUACCUGACGACAGCCGAGAACUCGUCGCUAGUGCUCAAUUACAACUUGGCAGUCGGUGGAGCCACUAUCGACAACGACAUUGUUUCAUCCUACGCCGACGAUCUUGUCUCCCAGGUGGGCGUGUUUGAGGACCAGUAUGGUGACAAGCCGGACUCGGCGCCCUGGACGGCCGAGAGUGCCGUGUUUUCUUUCUGGAUUGGGAUCAAUGAUAUCGGCAACUCAUUCUACAACCAAGAUGCAAACACCUUCACUCCUAAACUGACCAACCGGAUCGCGUCUCUCGUGCAGAAGAUCUACGACCUUGGGGGGCGCAAGUUCCUUUUCCUGAAUGUGCCUCCGACAGGUCGGAGCCCUAUGUUCCUCGAACAGGGCAAUGCAACUGUUCAGCAGCAUGCCGCGUACUUGGCGGUCUAUAACAAGAACCUGAAGUCCAUGGUGGAUGGGUUCAAGGCCAACCAUACUGAUGUCACCGCUGUCCAUUAUGACUCGUGGUCGUUCAUGACCAAGGUCCUGGAUAGCCCCUCGGAGUACGGAUUCCCCGAUGCGACUUGCAUCAACGAGGACGGGACGUCGUGUGUCUGGUGGAAUAACUACCACCCUUCUGCUAAGUAUCAUAAGCAGCAAGCGGAGGAUAUGAAGUCUGUGUUGAAGCCGCUAGGGGCGUGGUGA